AUGAUUUAGCCGGAUCAAUCAACAACAAAGCGCAAUUAAACUCCGAGAAAAAGCAAUAUAAGCUAGUACAAUUUUUAUACACCUCUUGACGAAGAAUAUGAAGAACUUAAAGAAAGAUAAAGAAGAGAGCAGCUUUGGAGGGAAGAAGAACAAAAGGAAUUAGAGGAAAUAAAGUCUAAAUAAUAUAGAAAAUCUCUCAGAGACACAUAGGAUGUGAAAACAGUUAUGGAUGAUUUUAAAGAGUUGAAACUCAGAUCAGAUUUCGAUUAUUCUAAAGUAGAUCUGUUCAAUUAAGAGCAAAUAGGUCAAGAAAUAGAUAGUUUAAAGAAACCGAAUGCAGAUGAAAUAACUAGUUCAACUAAAAUUUAGUACCUAAGGAAGAUUUUAAAUUCUGGCGCGAAUAUCUUUAAAGAUCUGACAGAUAACUAGAAAUUUAGAUUAAAAGAUCUUUCACAGCAUAUCUUACUAUCUAAAGACUUCAAGCCACUAUAAAGUGAAGCACUGUCAUUUAUAAUUCUACAAGCACUGUCCUAUCAGCAAGAUAUACAAAGUAUCUUGCAUUAUGUAGCAGAUUUAAUUGAUACUUUCACUGAAAAUCUUGAUUAAAUCUAAAUCGAACUUGCAUAAGUUUAAAAAGUUUCCAUUAAAUCUCUUUCGGAAAUAGUUUAAAGAAAAGUCCUAUACUAGUCCUCUCAUAGGAUAUUCAUUUAAACUUACAUUUUGCUAACUAUUGUAUAAUCAAUGAUUAUAAAGCAAGAUUUUGAUAAUGCUCUUGAUCAUAUGGCUGAAACAUGUAAUGGGUUAGCUCAUAAGCUGAUAUCCAACGUAAUUUAGCAAGAAAAAGAUUAAAAUAGCUAAGCUCUCUUAUUGAACAUGGUCAUUUAAGAUUUGAUUGAUAUUUGUUAUCAUGAGUGUGUAGAAUUCCCAGUUGGAACUCUUAUUCUAAAAUCUAUUGUUCUCUAACUAAUUCAGUACAUUUAAAUGGAAGGAUCUAAUAGCAUUUAAAACAUGAAAGGUGAAGAUGAAUAAAUAGACAAUUUCAAAUAAAAUCCUGCUGAUCUAAAUCACAAGUUGAUCUUUGCUGAUAUGCUCACUCUAAUAAUGACUAAAGCCCAGGAUAUUAUCAUGUAGUCAUCUAAGUCUACAAAUUUAUGCUACUGUGACACUAAAAUAUUAGAAGGAGAUACUGAUGAAAAUUAUACUAUCAAAUGUGAGCAUUGUCAAGUCAUCUAUCAUUACAAAUAGUUGAGAGAUAUUCUGCAAGCUCUCAAAAAUACCAUGCUAUGUAUGAGUUACUUUAGAUAGGCAACGAUAAGGGCAAAAGCAAUUAAAGCUAUAAAAAGCAUUAUCAAAAUCAAUCCAGAGAAUUUGUUAGAUGCAAAUGUUCAGUAAAUUAUCCUCCUUCGAUUAAAAGAUUAAAGCGCGAAUACUAGAGAAACUACAUUAGAUCUGGUAUCUUAAUAUAUUCAAAAAUUCGUUGUCAAGAAUCAAGCAUAGAAUGAGUAAGUAGAACUUGAAUUCUAGAAGAAAUUUGUUGGAACUUAUUUACCUAUUAUAAUUGAAAGAGCAGAUGACAGCAGUAUAUGUGUUCGCAAGAAAGUCGUCCAAAUCCUUGCAUACGUUUUACAAUAGAAUAAACAUAAAUAGAGCCAGAUGUCUAUUGAUAGUUCAUAGAUUAUUAGAGUAUUAAUACAGAAAUGGGAGGAAUCUAAUGAUUAGAUUAAAGAAACUAUCUCAAAAGCAUUUAGAAAAUUAAUUAAAGUUCAAACCAAUAAGAAAGGAAGCUAGGCUAAAGGAAUAUCUUAGUUAAUUUGCGGUAUCAUUCAAGGACUCAUCUAAAAAUAUGAUAAAAUAAAUAAAAACGUAGUAAAGGCUCUCACAUAGAUAAUUGAGUAGACUAUUGGAAGUGAUUCAGAUAUGAAGAAUAUGACUAUCUUAGACUAGUAUGGGCUUGAAUUAGUCGAUAUUUCUAUUAAUUUGCUUAUCGUUCAAGAAUAGAAUUCAUAAGUUCACUAGUCUCAACUAAUAUUUAUUGAGAUAAUAUCAAGAUUAAGACCUGCUCUCUUGGUCAAGAGGAUUUCUCUUCUUAAUAAUAUGAGUGACUAAGUGAGCGAUUUUGGAACAAAGGCAAAAUUUAUUUCAGUUGUGAAUCGAAUUUUUACAUUUAUGAACAAUAAUAAAGAUGAGGGGUGGGAAGAUCAAAUUUCCUUCAAAGUUAUCAAUUCAAUUUUCCAAUCAACUUUGAAGUUAGUUAACCAAGAACCUAUAAAUGCUUUAGAAAGUAUCUCUUAUCUUUGGCUAUAAUAUCCAGAGUUAAUUAUGGAUCAUGAGAUGUUUUAAAACUAUGAAAGAGUUUAUGAAGUAAUCUACAAAAUGCUUUAAAAUUAAAAUAUCAAUGAGAUGACUCUUGUCAGAAUGAUUGAAACUUAGGUAAAGUUCAUGGAAGACUAUGAUGAAAGAUUAAUUACAGCUAAUCAAACAGAUUUAAGUUCAAUCUUCUCAAAACUUCAAAAGCAAGUCUUAAGAUUAGCUGAGCUAUAUUAGCCAAAAUAAUUUCCUGACAUCUUCCACUCUAAGUCUAGCAAUCUUAGGUAUUCAUUGAGCAAGCUAAUUGAAAAGCUUUUUUAAUUGAAUGUUCUUCAUAUGAUCGAGACAUGUCCAUACUUUUUACUAAUGUUGAAUGAUACAAGUCCCAGAAUAAACGAAAUUGCCAUUGUAAAUCUUGAAAUUAUUGCAAAUAAAAGAUAUGAAGUAAUUGUAUCUUGUUUCUAGCCCAACUUAAUUAUUGAGAGAGCUUAUGAUAUGUAGUCCCUACUAGUAGGUAAAAACAAAGAAAUGAUAUCAGUUUUCUAAAAGUACAAAGACUAAAACAAUGAUAGAUUAUUAAUUGAUAAUAAUUCUAGCGUGUAUGAUGAGAUUUUGAAAGUUCUAUCACAUUAAAAUGACUCAGUCAUUGAUACCAUAGUUAAAAAUAUUUUAUUGUAUUUGGAUAAUAGAGAAUUUGAGGGUAAAAAUAAAGAUGCUAUCUUUGAAAUGAUUAAAUUAGCCUGUGAAAUAUUGAUUACUGCUUUAAAGCAUUCAGUCGAUUUAGAUUCAACAAUAGCUAUUGUUUAAGAUUAUGUCUCAAACAAGGAAGUGAUUUAUUAUAAAAAGAUUAAAGAAUCUCUAACUUUAUAGAUAAAGAAUUUUUAGUUAUCAGAUUAUAUAAAUGGCUAUGUUCUUGUUGCACUUAAGUCAAGUGUGAAUUUAAUGUUAAAAAUUAAGUAAAUCAGUAAGAAGUAAAGCUAAGAAGUUUUAGAUCGUAAAUUUGAUGAUUUCUAAAUUAAAGAUAAAAAAUAAAUUUCUAACGGUUUAAUGCAAAAAAUAUUAAAAGAGUAGAAUCAAGUUAUUGAUCAUAUUUCAGAAUAUCAUUUGCAAGUAGAAUAAAAUUAAUUAAAUUCUUAAAGAUACUAUGAUUAAUUAUCAAUUCUUAAAGAUGGUCUUAAGUCUUUGAUAAGGGAGAAAGAAAAUUAAUUUAAGUUGAAGAUUGAAAAGAGACUAUACGGAAAAAUUAGAUAAAUAGAUAAUGAUGUAAAGGAAAAGAGGCGAGCGAAUAUAAAAUCUAUGCAUGCAAAUCAGCCUUACAAUAAGAAGAGAAAGCUAAACGAAAUAAAUAAUAAUGGUCUUGAAGAUCUGAGUGAUUCUAAGGAGGUGGUAGAUGCUAGUUAUUAGGAUCUAUAAAGAGUGAAAAGACGAAAAGUUUUAGCAACCGAGAAAGUCAAGCAAAGAAGGCUUACUCGCAAAAAUGGUAGUAGUGUAUCUGAUUAGUCUGAAUCAGAUUAUGCUGAUUGA